UGUUGAUUCCCGCCACCACGACCACGAAGAAGAACUGAACAACUGGCGCUUGAAUUACAUCACAUCCUGCACAGUCGGAGCUUCCACCAUAGAUAUCCUCCACAGCAACCUAGCUGCAAUUAUGGCUGCAAUUUGAAAACACUCGGAGAUAGGAAUUUAACAAACAGUAUUUGAUACUGUGUAUCAUUACGUUGUAUAUUUUAGAUUAAUAUUCAAUUGAAUACAGACGCAAGAGACAGCCAUGACAGCGAGGAUUUGCUCCAGGUCACGCAGGCUGGAGCAUGUGGACGUCCUGCUGUAGCUGGCUCUUCGUGGAGAACACCACUGUCACAGUGGAACAAAACGGCAACACGCGGCGCCAGGUCUACACAAACUCGGGGUUCAGUUCCUCCCCCACUGCCCCCGAGCACCUGUGCAAGGCCUGCGGAGGCCGCUUCAACACCGUCGCCCGAAAGCAUGUCUGCGUGGACUGCAAGAAGAGCUUCUGCAGCCGCUGCUCGGUGCAGCUGGACCUGCGGCCGCGCCUCUGCCACACCUGCCAGCGCUUCCACGGCACGCUGUUCGACCGCGCCGAGCUGAUGCGGCUGAAGGUGAAGGACCUGCGGGACUACCUGCACCUGCACGAGGUGCCCACGCAGAUGUGCCGGGAGAAGGAGGAGCUGGUGGACCUGGUGCUGGGCCAGCGCACGCCCGGCAGCAGUGGGGGGAGCAGCGAGGGCGGAUCUCAGCCCCCCAGGACCCCGCCCAGCUCCGCCCCGAGCCCUGCGCCGCCCUCCUCCCCCUCCUCCAACCCGCCGCCGCCGGCCGAGCCCGCCGUGGAGCUGCUCGGCGAGGACGACGAGCAGAGCCCACCCGCGCCCGUGGACUCCGGGCAGGAGGAGCCCCCUGACACCGAGAUGGACACGGAGGUCCAGGGGGAUCAGGAGUCCCAGUCCUCGGACACGGACGAGAUGGCGACCCAGAGCCGCCGGGCCUCGCUGUCUGACCUGAGCGGCGUGGGCGACAUCGAGGCCCUGAGCGUGCGGCAGCUGAAGGAGAUCCUCGCCCGAAACUUCGUCAACUACAAGGGCUGCUGCGAGAAGUGGGAGCUGUUGGAGAGGGUCACGCGCCUCUACAACGACCAGAAGGAUCUGCAGAACUUCGCCGAGCCCACGGGUGCUCCGGGCCUGGAGGAGAACCUGUGUAAGAUCUGCAUGGACUUGCCCAUCGACUGCGUGCUGCUGGAGUGCGGUCACAUGGUCACCUGCACCAAGUGCGGCAAGCGCAUGAACGAGUGCCCCAUCUGCAGGCAGUACGUGGUGCGCGCCGUGCACGUCUUCAGGUCCUGACGCCCGGACGGCGGACAGUGAUGCAGGCGCGGCCUUCCCGAACCCUCUCUGUCUAAACGAAUACAGACACUUACACACACACACACACACACACACACACACACACACACACACCGACUCACAAGCUCACCGACAGAGCAGCGGUCGAGUCCGGGACGGUCUCAACCCACCAACGGCCCUGUUUUCAGUCUUCGACCGGGGGUUACGGAUACCAUAGAGUGAUGUGAUCUGUACGUUUUUAACGGCACAUAAAACCGGUGGAUCCUUACCCUCCUGAAGGUUCCUGAACUGUUCGAAAACAAGCUACUUACUCAGCGACUCGCUCAUAACGAGCCUCCUCCCUCCCCUUAACAAGUAGGCAAUAAAUAAACCACUGGAUUUCAGCAAUGGUGUUCUCGCUCGGAGGCAUUAAUGUUGAAGAUGUGUCGAGCGCCUGUUUUGCUGGCGGAUUGACACCCCGUAGCGAGGUGUGCAGUGUGACGGCCACAGAGCUGCUCGUGGGAAAGCAGCUCUUGAGACUGUCGAGAGAGAAGAUCACCGACUCCCAGCAGUGUUGACGCCAGCGCGGGGAGUCCUAGGGACAGGGAUAGAAGGAUAUGCAAACGUUGAUAUUUCUGCUCUUAUUGUGAAACAGCUUCCAUAGUUUAUGUUUUUAUUUUUAUUUUUUUCCUCUUCACACAAAGUGCAGCAUUGGUUGGGAAGGGCUCUCAUGGAAUGUUAGGUGUAUUAACUCGCCAUAUAAUAGCAGCGCAGGGCAUAUAGAGCCGCAAUGGCGGCUUCUACAGCAGAGUCUGUCACAUGGCUGUCCUGUUUUCCAAGUUUAAUCCCUUGGAGAUUAGGGGCUUGCUCCGGGCUGCAGUGCACAUCCUGCGCACGUCCCUCAGAUCGAAUCUUUGUCCCGCAGGAACAAAGGGCUUUGCUACAUCACAGCCGAGUACUCCUAGACAGGAAGUACCCACUCUCUCUGCCACGGCAAAGACUGUUCUUAUUUCUGAACCAGAACACAGCCUCGUGUCACCCUGUUGGACGAACGCCUAUUAAAACAACGUGCGCUAAAUUACAUUUGAAAUAUUGAUGCACUGACGUCACAGUCACAGAAUAUGCAGCUGGGAGGCCAGCAGUCUGGGAGAGUAUGAGUGCGUAAAUGAUUAAUCGGGGUUAAGCAUUGGAUGUUAUUCUCGGCUGCCUCUGUUGUUCUCCAAGGUGAACGGGUUUAGGCAGUCGUGCCUCAGUCUUACUUCAGUGCUGAAUAUGUGAAAUGAGAAAGUUUUGGCUUAAUGUUUAAUCAUGACUCUGCCUACUCUGAGCUCAGCUGAAUUUCUCAGCAUAUUUAUGGUAUAUCCGGGUAUGUUCCUGAAAUGGAGAAACAGAAAUUCACACCAAAAUGUAAUUUGUUAAUUUUAAGACUGUUCUUCCCUUUUAUCUCAACUGCGUAUUAAUAAAAUUCUAUUUCAGGGUU